CGGCCCCGGCAGAGGCUGGGACUUUACUCGGGCGCCGGAGACCGAGCCCAGUCCACGCUCCAUCAGCCGCCGCGGUCGCAGCGCCCCGAGCUCGAGCCAGGAUGAGCGGCAGAGUGGGCGACCUGAGCCCCAAGCAGAAGGAGUUACUGGACAAGUUUCGGGAGAAUGUCCAGGAUGUGCUGCCCACUCUGCCGAACCCAGAUGACUAUUUUCUCCUGCGCUGGCUCCGAGCAAGAAACUUCGACCUGCAGAAGUCUGAGGCCAUGCUGAGGAAGCAUGCGGAGUUCCGGAAGCAAAAGGAUAUUGACAACAUCAUAAGCUGGCAGCCUCCGGAGGUGGUCCAGCAGUAUCUGUCGGGGGGCAUGUGUGGCUAUGACCUGGAAGGCAGCCCGAUCUGGUAUGACAUCAUCGGACCCCUGGAUACCAAGGGGCUGCUCUUAUCAGCUACCAAACAGGACUUGCUCAAGACCAAAAUGCGGGACUGCGAACUGCUCCUGCAGGAGUGUGUCCGCCAGACAGAAAAGGUGGGGAAGAAGGUGGAAACUAUCACCUUGAUUUAUGACUGCGAGGGGCUUGGCCUUAAGCAUCUCUGGAAGCCUGCUGUGGAGGCCUAUGGAGAGUUUCUCUGCAUGUUUGAGGAAAAUUAUCCUGAAACACUGAAGCAUCUUUUUGUUAUUAAAGCCCCCAAGCUGUUUCCUGUGGCCUAUAACCUCGUCAAACCCUUCCUGAGUGAGGACACACGUAAGAAGAUCAUGGUCCUGGGGGCGAACUGGAAGGAGGUUUUACUGAAAUAUAUCAGCCCUGACCAGAUACCCGUGGAGUAUGGGGGUACCAUGACUGACCCUGAUGGAAACCCCAAGUGCAAAUCCAAGAUCAAUUAUGGGGGUGACAUCCCCAAGAAGUAUUAUGUGCGCGAUCAGGUGAAACAGCAGUACGAGCACAGUGUGCAGAUUUCCCGUGGCUCCUCUCACCAAGUGGAGUAUGAGAUCCUCUUCCCUGGCUGUGUCCUCAGGUGGCAGUUUGCAUCAGAGGGGGCGGACAUCGGCUUCGGAAUUUUCCUAAAGACUAAGAUGGGGGAGCGGCAGCGGGCAGGGGAGAUGACAGAGGUGCUAUCAAACCAGAGGUACAAUGCCCACCUGGUCCCUGAGGAUGGGACCUUCACCUGCAACGACCCGGGCAUCUGUGACAUUGGCUUAUGAUACUAUAUGUGACUCAAAAAUACAGGAUGCUGCCUCUUCAGAUGUAUGUUACCACACCACACCCACUGCCAAGGCACCCAGUCCACCACAGUACUCUGGGCCCCCUCCUACCUUUGCUCGCCACUCUCCCCUCCCCCAUUGGUAGUUGUGCAGAUUUGUUUUUGAUUUGGCUUUGUCUGACUCUUUUUCUCUGUAUUUGACAUAUGAGUAAAACCAUCUGGUAUUUGCCUUUCUAGUUCUCUUUCUACCCAAGCAGGGGACCAGGGAGGGUAAAUCAAUGAGAGCAAGGGCUUUAUCACUGAGCUGAGUUGGACUGAUACUGAUUAGUGCUUAGGCAAGUGACAGCCUCGCUGAGCUUCAGUGUCCUGAUGGCUACAAUGGGGAUCAAAUUCUCUAAUUCAUAAGGACACGUGAUAACUCAAGGUGAUAAGGCUUGUACAGCACUUAGUAUAAUGCCUGGCAUACAGCAAGCACUCAACACACCGUAGCUAUU